CAAAUUGUUAAAGAAAAAUGGCGACAUUACCCAAAAAUGUCGACAGAUUCACGAAAGGAUUUCGACAUAACGGGAUACUCAAUGCAUCAACAUCUACCACGCGAUCGAGCUCUUUCCAUGUUUUCACGUUUUCUUAUUCUUUUUAAAAGGUUCUCUCCUAACAAACAUGUGAUCUCAACCGCACGCGCCGCUUCCCUAUAAAUAACCGAUCAACGCUAAUUCUUGAUUUCCCUUCCAGUCAACGAAACUCAACGCCGAAUACUUAUUUUAAGUCUCUUAGUUUUCAUUCCUCUGUCGGAGACUUAUUUAAAUCUAUUUUAAAUGUAAAAUGGUAAUUUUACAUAUGUUUAAUGUAGUAUUUCCAUUUUUUAUGUUGUAUGUUUACAUAUUAUUUAUUAUUUUCAAAAUUAUAUAUAAUGUUUUUUUUUACAAAAUAAUAAUGUUACAUUAUGGAGAUAAGCCGUCUUUUUUUAGUGAAAAAUGGUAAUCUUACAUAUGUUUAAUGUAGUUUUUCCAUUUUUUAUGUUGUAUGUUUACAUAUUAUUUUUUAAAAAUAAAAAUGUAAAAUGGUAAUCUUACAUAUGUUUAAUGUAGUAUUUCCAUUUUUUAUGGUGUAUGUUUACAUAUAUUUAUUGUUUUCGAAAUUAUAUAUAAUGGUUUUUGUUUUUUUCUUAUAAAACGGUAAUGUUACAUUAUGGAGAUAAGCCGUCUUUUUUUUUAAAGUGAAAAUAGUAAUUUUACAUAUGUUUUACGUAGUUUUUCCAUUUUUUAUGCUGUAUGUUUACAUAUUAUUUAUAAUUUUCGAAAAUUAGUAAUAUUAAAAUAUAAAACUAUAUUUUAUGCCACGUGUCAUUUUUUUCGCUGAUAUGGACGCUCUAGGGAGCCUCAAAGAUCUCUUUUAUUAGUAUAGACCAUUUUUUAUGUUGUAUGUUUACAUAUUAUUUAUUAUUUUCGAAAUUAUAUAUAAUAUUUUUUUUUUACAAAAUAGUAAUGUUACAUUAUGGAGAUAAACCGUCUUUUUUUUAGUGAAAAAUGAUAAUCUUACAUAUGUUUAAUGUAGUUUUUCCAUUUUUUAUGUUGUAUGUUUAUAAUUAUUUUUUAAAAAUAAAAAUGUAAAUGGUAAUCUUACAUAUGUUUAAUGUAGUAUUUCCAUUUCUUAUGUUGUAUAUUUACAUAUAUUUAUUAUUUUCGAAAUUAUAUGUAAUGUUUUUUUUUUUUUUUUUAUAAAACGGUAAUGUUACAUUAUGGAGAUAAGCCGUUUUUUUAAGUGAAAAAUGGUAAUUUUACUUAUGUUUAAUGCAGUUUUUCUAUUUUUAUGUUGUAUGUUUAAAUAUUAUAUAUAAUUUUCGAAAAUUAGUAAUAUUAAAAUGUAAAAUUAUAUUUUAUGUCACGUGUCAUAUUUCGGAAAAAUUUUUUUUUCGCUGACGUGGAUGAAACUUAUUUUAUUAGUAUAGAUAGUAUAGAUGUGAUCUCAACCGCACGCGCCGCUUCCCUAUAAAUAACCGAUCAACGCUAAUUCUUGAUUUCCCUUCCACAAAACGAAACUCAACGCCAAAUACUUAUUUUAAGUCUCUUAGUUUUCAUCUUUGUCGGAGAUUUAUUUAAAUCCAUAAUCAUAUAAUGGGAUCUCUCUCGGCGUUUGAGGAGCGGCUGCAGUACCCGACGGCAAGGCGGGAUGAGUCCAUCGUUGAAGAUUAUCACGGCGUUAGAAUCGCCGAUCCUUACCGUUGGUUGGAAGAUCCAGAAGCAGAGGAAGUGAAAGACUUUGUAGAGAAGCAAGUGAACUUGUCAGAUUCACUGUUAAAAACUUGUGAAACAAAGGAAAAGCUUCAUGAGAAAAUCACGAAGCUCAUUGAUCAUCCUCGCUAUGAUACUCCCUUCAAGCGAGGGAACAGUUACUUUUACUUCCAUAACACGGGUCUUCAAGCUCAGAGUGUGCUUUAUAUCCAGGAUGAUUUGGAUGCGGAAGCAGAGGUUUUGCUUGACCCCAAUACACUUAGUGAUGAUGGAACAGUUUCUUUAAACUCUUUGGCUGUGAGUGAGGAUGGUAAGUAUAUGGCUUAUGGGCUUUGCUCAAGUGGUAGUGAUUGGGUGACUAUUAAAGUUAUGAAGAUUGAAGAUAAGAAGACAGUGGAGUCUGAUACUUUAUCUUGGGUUAAAUUUAGUGGGAUUACAUGGACACACGAUGGUCUAGGUUUUUUCUACAGCCGUUACCCAGCUCCACAAGAGGGAGAUAAGAUAGAUGCUGGCACAGAGACUAACUCUAACCUUUACCAUGAGUUGUACUACCAUUUCCUAGAGACCGAUCAAUCUGAAGAUGUUUUAUGUUGGAGAGACCAAGACAAUCCUAAACACAUGUUCGGUUCUAAAGUCACUGAUGAUGGAAAGUACUUAAUCAUGACCAUUGAAGAAGGGUGUGACCCUGUAAACAAAGUUUAUCACUGUGAUCUCUCAUCACUUCCUAAAUUAGGUCUAGAAGGUUAUAGAGGAAGCAAAUCUCUACUUCCGUUUAUAAAGCUCAUCGACACAUUUGAAGCACAGUAUAUUGCUAUCGCAAACGACGAGACACUGUUUAAUUUCUUUACAAACAAAGAUGCACCAAAGUACAAGCUAGUUCGUGUUGAUCUAAACGAACCGAGCACUUGGAAUGAUGUUAUACCCGAGCACGAGAAAGAUGUCCUCUCAACAGCAUGUGUAGUCAACGGAAACCAGCUUGUGGUUAGCUACAUGAGCGAUGUAAAACACAUCUUGCAGAUUAGAGACUUGGAGUCCGGUUCCUUGCUUCACACGUUACCUGUAGAUAUUGGUUCGGUGGGUGGAGUUUUUGCUAGGCGUAAAGACACAACCUUCUUCUUUAGGUUCACAAGCUUCCUUACUCCUGGUGUGAUUUACAAAUGUGACUUAUCUAAUGAAGCUCCACUAGUUACAGUCUUCCGUGAAAUCGAUGUACCUGGAUUCGAUAGAACAGCAUUUCAAGUCACUCAGGUAUUUUAUCCGAGUAAGGAUGGAACAAAGAUACCAAUGUUCAUUGUGGCUAGAAAAGAGAUAGAGCUGGACGGAUCACACCCUUGUUUGCUCUAUGCGUAUGGUGGGUUUAGCGCAAGCAUGACGCCUUUUUUCAGUGCAACUCGUAUUGUGCUUAGUAGACAUCUUGGUGCUGUGUUCUGCUUUGCAAACAUACGUGGUGGUGGUGAGUAUGGUGAGGAGUGGCAUAAAGCUGGCGCGCUUGGCAAUAAGCAGAACUGCUUCGAUGAUUUUAUUGCUGGAGCAGAGUAUUUGGUUUCUGCUGGUUAUACACAACCGAAGAAACUUUGUAUUGAAGGGAGUAGUAACGGUGGGAUACUAAUUGGGGCUUGCAUUAAUCAGAGACCGGAUCUGUUUGGGUGUGCUUUGGCUCAUGUUGGAGUCAUGGACAUGCUAAGGUUUCACAAGUUUACUAUAGGACAUGCUUGGACUUCUGAGUUUGGUUGUUCUGACAAGGAAGAGGAGUUCCAUUGGUUGAUAAAGUAUUCGCCUCUGCAUAAUGUAAAGAGGCCAUGGGAACAGAAGAGGGAUGGAUUUGUUCAGUAUCCAUCUACGAUGUUGUUAACUGCUGAUCAUGAUGAUAGAGUUGUCCCACUUCAUACAUUCAAGUUGCUUGCGACAAUGCAAUAUGAAUUAGGUUUGAGUUUAGAGAAUAGUCCACAGACGAACCCUAUAAUUGCUCGGAUUGAAGUUAAAGCCGGGCACGGAGCAGGACGUCCAACACAAAAGAUUAUUGAUGAAGCGGCUGAUCGGUAUGGGUUUAUGGCGAAGAUGGUGGAUGCUACAUGGCUGGACUGAAAUUGACAUGGAAGAGAUUAGUUUCUUGUUAUAUCCUAAGAGAGAGAGAGAGCUACUGCUUACUGUUGUAAUAUUUUGUUAACCAACAGAGUCAUUACAAUUAUAUACUACGUUGCUGUGUUUUGUUAACCGACAGAGAUUAUUACAGUUACAUACUGCUACAUGUGCUGUGUUCAGCUAAUACAGCUAGUCAUAAAGAUAUACUACGACACUGUUUUUGAGUA